CCUAACAACAACCUGCUUUCUUCAAAACACGGGGAUCGGGAGGUGACAGAAUUACAAAAAUUUGUCAAAAUAAUCUUCGUUGAUAAACUUUAGUUGCCUGAUCUACGUUUAAGGUAGUCCAGGUCAUGUCUGCUAAGCUGCUCUGACUGUGCUAAAGAUAUAAUCAAGGAUGCCAAGUGCUGGUGCAUUACCCGCCCCUUUCAUCACUCCUGUUAGAGAGUUUGGUACAGGCCUGGCAAGUAACCAAAUUGAUACCAACACAUAUGUUGAAAUUUCUGUGGAGGCACGAAACUGCAAGUUGUAUUUCACUACAGAUGGUUCCAAACCAGCUCCUUUCCAGAGAAAAAUAGGCGGGAGAGAAGUCACCUUCAAAUACUUUGCACCUUUUUGUUUGAAGGCUGGAAAGCGCACUGUUAGGGCAGUGGCUGUAUCAAGGGAUGGAUUGCUAGACAGUGCCGUUGUUUCCAAAACAUUUCAAGUUAAUGAUGCCUGUGAUGUCAGCAGUACUGAUGGAUAUGACGCUGCAUCACCAUCCAGUUUCUUUGAUACCACAGACACUGAUACAUCCAGUACUCUCAAGUCAACAUCCAAAUCCAACAAAUCCAAAAGGAAAAAGUCUCCUGUCCGAAAAGGGCGCUUAACUCCAAAGGAAGCAUGGGCAAGCACAGGAAAUCUUGGUAAAUAUGGAGCAGGGGAUGGAGAUCAUGAUCAUCUACAGGCUGUUAUUCCAGAUGGUCCUUUCAAUCCAACCAACUAUUCAGGGACACAGAUCAAUGUCUGGGGUGCCCCCCCUGGUAGUGUCUGGCCUGGAAUGAAUGCACAGCCUGGAAUGGUAGCCAUUGGCAACGGAGGUCCACCCAUUCCACAGUAUCCUGUCCAGUAUGGUUUCCUGACUGAACAAAUGAUCAGUGAUCUCCAUCCCAAAGACAGAGCAGUAACUUUGGGUGAGAUCCGUAAACUGCUGGAGGAACAAUCACAGAAGGCCAUCCCACCUCCACCCAAACCUGCCAUUGAGUACAAGCCAACUUACAAGGAUCCACCUCUCAACCCAGUUACCCCAGGAAAUGGUGACUUCAAGGAAAAUCUCCUUCAUAUCUAUGCCCACAUGGUGGAUUAUGCAAAAUCACAUGGGGACUUCCGGAUUAAAGUUGCAGAACCAAAAAUCGGAAAGUUACUGGAAGCCAGGUUUGAGGAUGAGGGAGAUGGGUACCGCGUUAAUCUGGUCCUGGCUAAACCAGGAAUUCCAAGGGGAGCAGUCAAGAAACCAGCUCCAGCAAAGACUGUGCCAACCAAGAAAACUAAUGUAGCAGAGGUUGAAAAAAAGCCAGCUUCUGCUUCUGAAUCAGAGAAAAAGCCCAAAGCAAAACCAGAGACAGUAAAGAAGUCAGACCCAUACUAUGAAAAAGAAACUGAAGAUCUAAAUCAAAAACCAACAGUGAUAGCUUAUCCUAAGUUCAACGCUGAGCAAGAUGCAGAGGUACUGAAAAAGGCAAUCAAAGGACUUGGCACUGAUGAAGAAGCAAUCAUCAACAUUCUAGCUUAUCGAUCAAAUCCUCAACGCAUGGAAAUUUGUUCUGCUUACAAAACUAUGUUUGGAAAGGAUCUGGUUGCGGAUUUAAAGGGAGACACAAGUGGUAAUUUCUUUGAGGUUCUUAAGAGCCUUCUGAUGGCGCCAGCAGAGUUGGAUGCAUACAUUUGUAACAAAGCUAUCAAGGGUCUUGGAACAGAUGAAGGCCUGAUUGAGGUUCUGUGCACUCGCUCAAACGCACAGCUUCAGGAAGUGAAAAGAUUGUACAAAGAGAAGUAUGGCAGAGAACUGGAGAAAGAUAUAAUUGGAGACACAUCUGGCGAUUUUAAGAGACUUCUAGUGUCCUUGGUGCAAGCCAACCGCAGUGAUAGCCGAGAAGUGGAUAGGAAUUUGGCCCACCAAGAUGCCAAGGCACUGUAUGAGGCAGGAGAAAAUAAGUGGGGCACAGAUGAAUCUCGCUUCAAUGCCAUUCUUGUUUCUAGAAGCUUUCCUCAGCUUCGUGCUACUUUUGAAGAGUAUAGCAAGAUAUCCAAGAAGGACAUCGAGGAGGCAUUAAAGAGUGAACUCUCGGGAAAUCUUUUGAGUGGAAUGAAAAGCAUUGUCCGAUGUGUGAGGAACAAGUUUAGUCAUUUUGCCCGCCAGUUGCAGAAGACUAUGUCAGGUGUUGGCACUGAUGAUGAUACCCUCAUCAGGAUCAUUGUCACUCGAUGUGAGAUAGACCUAGUCAACAUCAAAGAAGAGUUUCAGAAAUUGACAGGACAGACAUUGGAACAGUUUGUUACAAGUGACACUAGUGGUGACUAUCGCAAUACCCUCCUUGCUCUCAUCAAUGGUGGCCCUCCCCCAGAGAGUGCUGCAAAAUCUGGAAAGGGCUUUGUAGAGGCAGUAAAACAAAAGACAGACACUGAGCUGGAUGAAGAGGUGAGACUGGAGUCAGAACCAGUGCAAGAAGACCCCACUCUAAAGCCAUAUGCAGGAUUUAGUGCUGAGCAGGACUGUGAAGUUCUUAUGAAGGCCAUGAAGGGCUUUGGUACAGAUGAACAAGCAAUCAUUGGAGUGUUGAGUCAGAGGUCUCAAGAACAGCGCAAGCAAAUUGCUGUAACUUUUAAAACUAUGUUUGGGAAGGACCUGGACAAGGAGCUGUCCAGUGAACUGAGUGGGAACUUUAAGACUUUGUGUGUGGAUAUGCUGCUGGGACCAGCAGAGUUUGAUGCAAAGCAGCUUAACAAAGCCAUCAAGGGUCUUGGAACAGAUGAGAAAGUCCUCAUUGAAAUUAUUUGCACUCGAACUAAUGCCCAGCUGAAUGCCAUUAAGCAAGCCUACAAAACAAUGUUCACUAAGGACUUGGAGGCAGAUAUAGCAGGGGACACUUCAGGAGACUUCAAGCGACUACUUGUGGGAUGUUUGCAAGCAAAUCGGCCUGAGGGCCCAGAAUUUGACCGAAACAAAGCAAAACAGGAUGCACAAGCACUGCUGGAGGCUGGAGAAAAGAAGUGGGGUACAGAUGAGUCCCGCUUCAAUGUGAUUCUAGUGUCUCGCAGCUAUGCUCAGCUGCGUGCAACGUUUCAGGAGUACGCUAAGCUAGCAAACAAGGACAUUGAAGACACUAUUAUCAGUGAGAUGUCAGGCGACCUUAAGGAGGGCAUGUUGGCAAUUGUGAGGGUAAUCCGGUCAAAGCCAACUUACUUUGCAAGUGAAUUAUAUCGUGCUAUGAAGGGACUGGGGACAGAUGACAACACUUUAGUUCGUAUUGUGGCAUCACGUUGUGAGGUAGACAUGGUACAGAUUAAGCAGGAAUUCCAACGCAACUAUAAGCAGUCUUUGGCAUCAUUCAUUGCUGAUGACACAUCAGGUGAUUAUCGGACUAUGCUUUUGGCCUUGAUAGGAGAAUCACAAGGCAGAAAAUGAUGGUGCAACGAUUGUAUCAUUACCAAGCAAGCAGCCAUCUGUGUUCAUACUAUCAACCAGCUGACCUUUCACCAUGAGCGUUUUCUCUAUGACUACCUAAUGGGCUGGUUGGACAAGGUCAUUCCUUUUCUGGGAGCUGUGUACAAGAUGAAAUGCAACUUUAGAUCCAGUGCAGUGUUUUAAUAAUAAUACAUUUAUUUAUAAAGAACCUUAUUCCAUCAGCAAAGGCAGACUCAAGGUGCUUCUUGGUCGCAUGGGCUCACACUUCCCAGUUGGCAUCAAAUGUGUUUUACAAAUUCACCAGCAUUCAAAUCAUGGCUACUUGCUCUCUCACACAUACAGAAUUUUGCCAUCUUUGGAGACUUUAUGUCUAAAACUUGUUUUUUGUGGAAGAUAAAAGCCUUAUUAUUUGAAAUUGAAUAUUUAUAUAUUGAUGUUACAUCAUUUAGAUUAUAUAGAAACUUUUUUCUUUUUUUAUUAUUCUCUUUAUGUUUUGCAGAAUUUUGAAAAAAGCUUUUAGAAAUGGCUUUCUAGCAUUUAGCAUUAGCCAUUAAUGGCUCGACAGAACUGCAGCUAUCUCUCAUGUAAUAUAUCACUAAAUGAUGGUCCACAUUGUCUGAACAGAUUCUGGAUGUUAUGUGCCCUGUGCUCUUUGUCAUUGAUGGUCAUCCUAGGAAAGGUGACCAGUUUAUCUCUUGAGGCAUUUCAUUUUACUAUAGAGAAAAUACAUUUCUAAAUGCUGAAGAGCGUUUACUUUGGAUAUAUCUAUAUAUUGAUUAGUGUGUUUAUGAAAAUUUUUUGUAGCAGUGAUGGUAGUGGCUUAUCAGUCAUUCAUCCCUUGAUCAGUUCCUGCUGUUGGUGGGAGCACAUGGACAGAUGUGGGAGAUGACAGGGCCUGCCACUCCCACCUAUUUUGGACAAUAGUUCUAUGCAGAUCUUAUUCAGCUUAGCCAUUGCUGUUUUUACUGUUUCAAUCCUGAUGCAGAUAUCUCUUGUGGAGAUGCCAUCCUUGCUGGCUGCCCCGAAGUACUUGAAGCUUCUUCCAUCUUAGAGCUGUGCCCACUACUGCCCUCCCCCCCCCAUGUAGAUAUCUGCUCUGCCGUUGCCAAUGAUCAUGACUUUGCUCAUCAGUGCUAGCGUUCAUUCCAUGUGUCUGAACUGCCUCUCAGUCUGCUGAUAAGAUCUUGAGUUCAUGGAUAAGUACAUGCUAACAGGUUUGGGUCGUUUGCAAAGCACAGGUUACAUAUUGGCCUUUCAUAAAUAGAAAUGGAAGUGUGAUGGUUGUGGAAGAUUUCAUGUCUGAUAUUCUCCAAGAUGUUAAUACUGGAGAUAGGGGGUACCCUUGCAUACAUUUACUGUAUUGCAAAAGUGAGGUUUUAUUUGGUUAUCCAGCAGCACUGCACUUGUUGAGCUGUUAUACAGUAUUUUGAUUGCUUCAAUGAGGUCUUCUUCUAGGUUGAAUUUUCCCGUAACAUGCCAUAGUCCCUUGUGCCAGACUCUGUCAAAUGCCUUUUCAAUAAUCAGAUGGUAGACAUUUUUUGUCAAAACAAAACAGCUGUAAACCGUUUUAACUUUUAAAAAAAUGAUAGCAGGCAUAAAUUAAAAAAAAAGUAGUGAUUUUUACGCAGUAAAAUUGUAUAUAGCUAACAAAUUUUGAGAGUCAAUGAUAAGAUACAAAAAACUGUCUCAUGAUCUGUGUCUUUAAAGCUUACAAUAAUAUGUUAAGCAUUCAAAAUGUAUCAACAAAGGGUUAGCAUGGUGAGUCAGAUGUUACUUUUUUUUCCUCACGAAUGAGUACAAGAAGUAGGCAGUUUAUUCACAGACAAAAAAAAAAAAUUUGGUAGUGAAAUAUGCUACUACUAUGUGAUUACAGCACUUAAUUUAAGUAUUGAGAGAUGCAUUCAUGUUGUGCGUUUAAAAUUAUGCAUGGUUAAAUGUAGCUGAAUCAAGAUUGAAGAAGCUUUUAUGAAAUGAAUGUCAGAUGUUUCUCAAGUUUAUAUCAUUGUAAAAACAUGCAUGACCAGAUUUGAAGAAAACUGAUUGUAAAUAUGUUUUUAUAUCAAUGUUUUGGAGAUCAUCUGGUUAUUAAUUGCAUGUAGUAUGUAUAAGAAUAUACAAUACAGCCAUACUAAUUAUUUUCCCAUGUUGUUUGAUCAUAUAAUCUUGGGACGCUCUUCAAAGAAUUCUAUAAAAGAUGCUUUAUUUGAGAAAAUUUUUUGUACUAUCCUCUAUGUAAUAGUUUUUAGAGUAUGUUUUUUAUAAGAAAACUUUUUAUAUGGAAGAUCUUUGAAAUCCUAUCCUUUUCAUGCAUAGAAAAGAUUUAUGUAUGAAAAAGGAGGUCUGAAUCCUCAUGCAGUCCAAUUACGCAUUUCAAGCUUAUUGAAAUGUCAUUAAAGUGGACAAAAUGUUGAUGUAUUCAUUAAUAAGCCUUUGAAAUGACAGCCUCUCUCAAUAAAUCAGUGCCUAUGUCAUGCAAAA